UUCCUUCCCCUAUAAAUCCUUGACUAACCAACACCAAAUUUCCCUGGAAAUCCCAGUUUCCAUGAAAGUUCUUGGGACAUCUGGACCUUUAACUCUCCUUGUAUAUAGCAACUCUCCUCCUUUCUCUUAUCCACACUCUUCUCCAUCGAUUUUCUCAUCAACCAAACAUUGUUACAACCUUCACAAAUCCAUGGCUGCUUGUAUUGAUACCUCGAGAACAACCAAUCCUUCCCAACUUUCCCAGCGUCCAAACACGUCUCAACCUGAUGGAAAUCAUUUCAGGUAUGGAAAUCUCUGCAGUCCCCCUUUUCCAAAUCAUGUUUCCAGCGAACCCUUUAAUAGAAACCACACAAAAACCGUCCCCACAAGAAAAUUUGUUGAUUUUUCUUUCGAAUAAGAGGUUGGUGCUUUAUGGCUGACAAUGAAGGAAGAAGCAAGGUUAGAUAUUGAGCAAGAAUUUGUGUUGUCAAAUUAUUAUUACACCUCAAUCUUGUCUCAGAAUUUAUUAGAGAGUGCUUUAGCCAGUCAUUUGUCAAUCAAAUUAUGCAAUUCGAGUCUUCCUAGGAGUACUCUAUUUGAUAUUUUCAUGGCCGUGCUCGUGGAAGAUCAAGGAAUUAUAAAAGCUGUUGAGGAAGAUUUGAAAGCUGCUAAAGAAAGAGACCCUGCCUGCAUAAGUUAUGUGCAUUGCUUUUUGAACUAUAAAGGGUUCCUAGCAUGUCAAGCACACAUGGUAGCCCAUAAUUUAUGGUCCCAAGGGAGGAAAGUUUUGGCCUUGCUGAUACAAAAUAGGGCGUCUGAGGUUUUUGCUGUGGAUAUUCAUCCUGGAGCUAAGAUUGGGAGUGGCAUAUUGCUUGAUCAUGCUACUGGAGUUAUUGUUGGUGAGACAGCUGUGAUCGGAAACAAUGUGUCGAUUUUACAUAAUGUAACAUUGGGAGGAACUGGUAAGGCUUCUGGUGAUAGACAUCCAAAGAUUGGAGAUGGUGUUUUGAUCGGUGCCGGUACUUGUAUUUUAGGGAAUAUUAAGAUCGGAGAUGGAGCUAAGAUUGGUGCGGGCUCAGUUGUGUUAAAGGAAGUGCCUCCGAGGACUACCGCAGUGGGGAAUCCGGCUAGGUUGGUAGGAGGGAGGGAGAACCCUAUAAAGCUUGACAAGAUUCCAAGUCUUACCAUGGAUCAUACCUCAUACAUUACUGAGUGGUCUGAUUAUGUUAUUUAGAGGUUCAAAUCUUUUUCCGUUUUGAAGGUUUGGAAUUUAAACAUCCUUUAUGUUAAAAGAGAGAACUGAAGUUGUCCUAUUGGCAAAAUGGCAGAGUUUCUAGUUGAUAGCAUAUAUGCUAAGCCGGCUUUAUUAUGUUAUUAUAUAGGCUGCUUUGUUGUAAAUGCGAUAUAAUAAAUGCUCUCGUCGGAACCACGAUUUCCAAUUAUUGCUAGUGCAUUGCAGCAGUCCUUUUUCAGUUAAUAUAAGAGCUCUGUUGUUGUUUUAAUA